AUGUCUAACACUGUAGAAGCGACUAUGCAAGAGCCGCAACCACCACAGGUUGACGCGGUGACCGAGAAGCUGGAAGAUCUCACCCUCGGGAAUGAUAGCGAUGAGGCCCAGAAGAAGUCUGAAGUCUCUGACAGCUCAAGUGAGCCUUCGCCUCCGCCAAUCUAUAGUAAACCCAUGACCCCCGGAUACAACGUGCCAGAGGCGACGAUGCAGGGACCACAACCACCAGAGGUCGACGAGCUAACCAAGAGACUUGAUAAGCUGAGACUAGGAAAAGAACGUGGGGAAGACCAAGGAGAAGAUGCUGAGGCUGAUGAGGUGACCGAAGCUCAAGCAAUCAUAGACCGAAUCCGUGCUCAUCCUCGUCGUAGAAAACUUGGUCUACGGGUGCAGGCCUUGAUGACGAAGUUUGAGAAGGAUGAGAAGUGA